AGCGUAAACAAAUCGCUUCUCAAAGUUAGCGAAACUUUGGAAAGCUCCGCAGCGGUGCUAUGCAUAUUACCUGAUUAUUUCCUUUUAAAACGUGCUGUUCAUUAUUUUGCAUCCGUUAUCAGUGACUCGACUCGUUCUAUAAUUCUUUUUUAACACAGCACUUACCCUUUGUUUUCAGCGUCGCGCAGAAGUACUCAUUGUUUUAUCAAAAUGUCCGUGGCUUUUGCACAAAGAGGCCGACCGCCUGCAAAUCCGGCUCAAAUUCAAAAGAUGUUGGAUGAAAACAGUCAGCUUAUACAAACUAUACAAGAAUAUCAAAGCAAAGGAAAAGCCCAGGAAUGCGUUCAGUAUCAACAAAUCCUGCAUAGAAACCUUGUGUAUCUAGCGUCUAUUGCUGAUGCUAAUCAAAAUAUCCAAGCUCUUCUACCGCCGCCUCAAGGUAUUCCUGGUCCUGGCGGGCCGGGUGGUCCCGGUGGUCCAAGUCCAAUGGGUGUUCCAACUGGUCCUGGUGGACAUCAGCCUCCUGGUGUUCACGGACCAAACACAGGUCCCUCCAUCAAUGGCGAUGUUCAGCCUUCUCCUCAAGGGCCUCCUGUCAACAGUUUCCCCCCGCAAAUGAACUACCGAUCUCCUAUGCCACCCUCUCCUCAAACCAUGCCUCAACGUCCGACUGCCACUGCUGGUGGGCCUCAGCAAUACCGCACGGGACCGCAAGCGUACCCGCAGCAACCGCCUCAGCAAAAUUAUCCUACAUCUCAGUAUCCACCUCAGAAUCAAGUUCCUCCUCAGCAAACUUACACUCCACCGAUUCAAAAUCCUCCUGGGCAGGCGCAGCAAGGCAGUUACCCAGCGCCAAAUCAGCCGGGAAGCAACUAUGCUCAGGCACAGGGUCCUCCAGGCUACGGACCUCAAGGCCAACAGGGUGGUUAUCAACCCUCGACCACCUCCUCAUAUGCUCCACCCCCUACACAACAGCCCGGCGGAUAUGGCAGCUAUCCUCCGGCUAACCCUCAACAGCCUGGCUACACGCCUGGCUACCCCAGCCAACCGUAUGGUGCAGCCCAACAACCGGGUCAGCCGCAGGGAGGCGGUUACAGUAACGCAAGCUAUCCAUCAAGCUAUCCAGGCCCUCAGCAGGGAUACACGCCGCCACCAACAACGCAAGCUCAGCAGCCGUCGAACUUCAAUCAGCAAGGUCAAAACUACCCUGCCCCAGGCGUUUCCUCACCAUCGUCGCAAAACACUGCUUACUCGCAAACUACCAUGGCUCCGUCAGCAUCAACUCAAACGUACCCCAGUCCAGCACAAACGUACCCUCCAAGCACAACGCCAUCCUCAUCUCCUGCUCCAUCGAACUUCCAGCCCGCUUCGGCCAAUGCUCAGGGCGCCGGUUACGGUCCAGUCAGCGCACAAAACUACCCGCCCACCCAACCCCAGCCUCAGUAUCCACCGCAGGGCUACCCUCAACAAGGCUAUCCUCAGUCUUAUCCGCCAGGACCUGGUCAGCCUCCUUACCAGCAGUACCCGCGACCACCAGGCCCACCUGGACCUCAGGCUCCUGUGCCACCGUCUCAACAAAAUCAGUAUUCAGGCUAUGUCUACCAGCCUCCGCCUCAAUAAGCUGCCCAUAAAGUUCAGCCGUUUUGAUCUGAAUGCUCUUACAAAAGUUGAGUUCACUCAUGCAUUGCUCGUAAUCAAUGGCAAACUCAACGGUAGUCCUUAGUUAGAAUUUUUUUGAAUUCAACAUAUGAUUGAAGCUAGAGUUGGAAAUGAAAGUUUCUAUUGAGCAAUUAAAACAAAAACUAUUAGCCGAAUACUAUCAGAGGCCAAAAUAAGAGUAAAUACCAACCUAACUAAAAUAAACUGCACACAUCCUCAAGGUGAAAAUGACAUGAUGGCUGCAUUUUUCAGCAUUAAUUUUGACUGUUAAGGUGUGCUCGAAGGUACUGUAAUUUAUAACAAUUUAACCAACAACUUGACAAUGAAAAGUUUUUGUCAAAAAUCCAAGCCACAAACAGUUGUUUUAUUUUAGUUUGAAGUGACAUUUAUUUAAAUUUCUUCUAGAAACAUCAUUUUUGCCUUUGUUUAUCCGAACAAUCACUGAAUGUUAGGGAAAUACUCUGAACUUUCUUCUUCAGAAUCUUCUCUCUGUGCUGAAAGUUGUGUUUCUAUUUAUCUAUUCACAGUAUUAAUACAGGUAAUUACCAACUUUCGUGGUGCAAAAAGCUGUUGAGAAAGAACGAACUUCACUGCUGUGAUUCAAAUGUACAUUUCGUCAAAAUGAAAGUAGCUUGCGGUUCUUCUUUUUUCUCCUCUAGACUCUUGUUUGCCUUUUUUGAGCAAUCAAAAUCCUUAAUCUGCGGAUUAAGAUUUGCUUGUUUGGUAUAGUGUUGUGACUUGUCAGAAAUAAAGCUGUACUGAAGGAGCUACAAAUUUCCAUCAAGCAAUUGGUAGUAUCCACGCGCUACACUGCUGUCUAGCAUGUAUACUACAAAUUCUGAUCCACCGAGAAAUUUCUUUUGCUUGAUGUUCUUUGUAUUUGCCCUAAAUUUUUAGAGAUUAUCUCUUGGGACUGAAGUUUGAAAGAAGAGUAUUUUUCUGCUGCAUUUUUCUCUAUCGCUGAGGGCCUUUUGUUUCUAGGUUGAAAACUGUAAAUCUACUGAUGUGGUUGCACGUGUUCAUUGUCAGUUGAAGGGAACUCUUUCAGGUAGAGUUCAAAGCUGUCGCUCCUCUGUAUUUUUGGGUAGACCUAUAUGCAAUCACAUGAUUUUCAAUAAAAUUUUGCAAACCCAAUACUCAGGAGCGUGUUCUUCCUUCCAAAGUGUGUGAAUUUGGUGCUCUCUUUCAAAAAGUCUAAUCCAGAUUCAGCUCUUUAUUUUUUUUUUUUUAAUUCUGUUUAUAUAUUAAAAAAAACUGAAUUCCUCUACUUUAAUAUUCAGGUACUUGCGUGUUAGUGAGGAAUUUAUCCAUUCACUGCUUAGUUAAAUGAUACAAAUGAACGAGGAUUUUAAUGAUGCACCCAUGUGCGCGGCUUGGUGACCUGUGGUCAAGGACUUCCAAAAGUGUUGUAAAUUUUUUCAAUGUUUUAUGUUUUGAUUUUAAUGAUGGGUGCAAUAAUGAUCCACAUUUUUUUCCUUGACAAGUAAUAAUUUUUCAGGUUAGAGUGUGCUGUUAAAAGAAUGUGUGUCAAAACAACCGUUGUUAAGAGUGCAAAAAUCCAGAGUAUUCUCCAAAAUAAAAAUGAUAAAGUACAUCAAUCCCACUUCUAAAAUUAGUGGAUGUGUAGGGACAGGAUUGAUUGCCAUUACCAACUUUUCUUUUAGUUUUUUCCAAGACCCUGUUUGUGAUCUAAAUAUAAUAUUACUAGAAUUGGAUAAAAUGUUUUGGAAAAUUAUUAAAAUCAGAUUAUUAUUUUUCUGAGAAAUUUCUCUGGAAACUUCUUGGAGUAAGAACUAAGCCUCUUGACAGAGGUACCACCUUGUAUGAUGGAAUUUUGUCCAAUCGAUGAUCAAACAAGUGAAUUGAUUCACUCCGGUACACUGAUAUCUUAUUCAAUGAAAAAUUCUGAGCCUAGGAAAAUUUUUUCUCCAUUGAUAAAUCCAGAAUUUUCCUUAUCUAUGCACACAUUCGGUAUCUCAGUCAGAUAACUCUCAUUGUAUACAUCUUUGUUUUUUGUGAUAGAUUAAGUCAGUUUGCUAAGAUGAUCCUUUUUUAACAAAAUCCUCCAACUUUAUUAGAUAAGGAGGGAUGACUGUACAUAAAAAUUAGGUCCUUUUGAAUCAUGUUGUUCUCUUGUUUUAUUUUUUUCUUAAUUUUUACUCUCUUCAAUCGGUAUUUUUGAAAAACUACUGGAGAUAUUAGUAUGUAAACAUUAAAUGCCUGAAUGUUAGUGACUUAUUUUAUACUUACAAGUAAUUGUGCUACUAAAUGUAUCUUAUAAUUUUUUAAAUCAAGGGAAGGUCUCUAUUUAUUAGAGACAUUCCUCCUUUUUUACAAGCAUGACUGUGUAGGUUUUGAUAUUGCUAGCUCUUAGAUAGGCUCUUCAUUUAAUUAAUUAUAUACGUUAUCUACUGCAUCAGUAGGACAUAAGGUUUGUUAACAAAAAUGUUGAGAAAAACAUUUUCGUAGUUUGGGGAGUGGAUUAGUCGCCAAAGAUUUUUACGCUUUUUGACCAUACAUUAUUUUAUACGAUUCCGGCUGUUGAUUUUGCUAGUUAGUAAACAUAGAAUGAAACUUAGAAAACUUGCUAGCCACCCAAAAUUUCAUGGCAACUAGCUAUGUACUUCUUUCGUCUUUUUAACAAUCCUUCGCUUUCAGAAUCAUCUACCUAUUCUAUUUUUACGGCUUGUGAAAUGGAGAUUCUUGAAAUGUUAUGUCUCACUCCUAUUGUACUGAUUUCCCAUUCGUUCUUAGAUGUUAGAAGCAGGCAGGACCGCUGCAACUAUCGGAAUCCAUUCUAUCAACCAGUUCAAAUGAGGUUUCAAAGAACCCAAGUAGCAACGACUGCACCUAGAAAGAUUUAACUGAAAGAUGCCAUUAAUGGCAACAUAUUGAAAUAUUAUUGGAACCAAAAUUGAUUGCCAUUAAAUUGCCUCUUUGUCGAUUCCAAUUUUUGGGGGUAUUAUUGGUGAAAGUCACUAUUGAAUGGCAAUUGUAUCAGUAGGAGAACAGUGUACUUUUUAGCUACAGUUAGGGGUAAAUCUGCUUUAAAGUUGAUGAUUCCAAUAAUUGAUAGCAAUAUAAUGACAAUAAAAUCCCAACUUUAUCUCAAUGAAUUGCAACUUUUCCCUUGAAAGAUGCCACUCAGGAAAAAUACUGAAAUGGAGCAAUAUCAGAAUCCUGACCAAACUUAUGUUUCAUCAGUUGAUUCUACUAAAAUAAACCUUGCUUGUUUUAAAGUAACAAACAGCAAAAGCUUCCAGGACAAAUUUUGUUGAUCAACAGAGACUGGCAUGUCAAUACUAGUAAAUUGCAAAAAAAGAUUAAUGCUGAUGUGUUUUCAAUCGUUACAUAUAAGUUACAACAUUUGGUAGACUCUUUUUUUCCCUAAGCCUAAAUUGUAUUAGCUAAAAAAUCGUUGACUAAUGUAAGCUGAUAGGUAAUCGCCAGUGAGCUUUAAGGCUAGUUAUAUGAACAUAUCAAGCUUUCUUUUUUCAAAACCAUUAGCUGAUAUUGUUUUUCUCUAAUCUCAAAGGCAACUUCUUUAGUCGCAAGAAGGUAUGUAAUUUUCGCUUGGUAGGAGCACCAUGGGAGUAUGUUUGUCUAUGUUUAUCGAUACAUUCCUCAUCAAGGAAUGAAAGUAGACUACUUCAGGACUGUAAUUUUCUCAGCAUUUUUUGUUCAUGUUCCCAAGACGUUAGUUUUAACCUAGCAUAAAGACAGUGACUUACCUACAUGUAUUUGUAAAUUAUUUUCCAUUAUUUUGUACGUACAUUUUAACGUUAAUGGCUUUAUUGAUUUCAGGCUCUUGUUUGUAGUCUGAUGAACGAGGUAUAUUUGACUACUCAUUUUUGUAAUUAGAGCUGUGUUUGUAUAAAAUAGUUUAUUCGUUUUCUGUCAAAAAUAAAAACAAAUUGCUGGAAAACCAA